AUGCCGUGGUCUGCAGGUUCGAGCGCUGCCGCUGGCAGUAACCGAAGACUUCAGCAGACACAAAAUCAAGUUGAGGAGGUGGUGGACAUAAUGAGAGUCAAUGUGGAUAAGGUAUUAGAAAGAGACCAGAAGCUCUCUGAGUUAGACGACCGUGCUGAUGCUCUGCAAGCAGGAGCUUCUCAAUUUGAAACAAGUGCUGCCAAGUUGAAGAGGAAAUACUGGUGGAAAAACUGCAAGAUGUGGGCCAUAGGGAUUAGUGUUCUGGUGAUCUUCAUCAUCAUCAUCAUUGUGUGGAGUGUCUCUUCCUGAAGAACCAGUGAAACUCGAGCCUAGCUGUUCAGGAAACCUUCAAGACCUUUGACUUUGAACCUGCUAUAUUGUCAAACUUACCUGUUAUUUCUAAGAUGAUUUUUUUUUUUCUUUUUGCUAGUUCACUCAAAGUUCCAUUUCUAAGAAAUGUGCCUUUGUUAUUAAUAUGCACUCCAAAUGAGAGGUGUGGCCAGUCCUGCCCUCGUUUUGCAUAGGGCCUUUCCAGAUUUACAUACGGGCCGAUAAAGAGGACUUCCCCUGCUCCAGAGUGCUGUGCUCUUGACAUGGUAUUGUCACUAAUGAAUUGCCUUUGACUCCAGCUAAGUUAGCUUCUGACAUUUCCUACAGCUCCACAUUUUAAAACCUUGAGUAAUGCGAUUUCCACGUUGUGCCUUCCAGAACACUACUGCCUAACACAUCUGUGACAGUAACAGGCCGUGCCUUGCUUUGAUAUUUCCCUGGUUUCCUGUAAGAGAUGUGACUCUUUUUUAUAAGCACUACUGACUCACUGUAUUUAAACUGAUGCUGGUUAAGUUUUUGGUCUUACAUUAGAUAUGAAGAUGUUUACUUUCUUGUUAUUGUUAGGUAUCACUUCCUAAAAUAUUAUUUUAAUCAGAAGUAACAACCCUUUUAAAAAGUUUUAUAGAACUAUGCCUGUGACCAAAGUUUGUUUUGCCAAAAUGUUAAAAUACAAAUAAAACAUCCUUAUGUCUGUCUCUGACAGAUGAAUUCAGAAAAGUGCCAAAUGGGACUGAAAGAGCCUUUCAAAAGGAAAGUGGUAAUAGUGUGCAUGAACCUUCCGCAUAAUAUGCUGGCAGUGUGGCUGCCUCCUAAGGCAGCAGUUUCCACAGGCAAGAGGUUUGAGCAAAACUCCUGCCACCUCAUACUUGUGGACAAAGGGUUUCCCCAGCAGACGGCAGACCAGCAGCUAAUGGCGCCAGUGUAGUACAGUCCUGUGGCCCUCAAUUAAGACCAUCUGUGACCAGCCUCACAGACGACAGCCCUUUGAAAUGUUUCCUGUUAUUAUUCAUAUUGUGCUUCCUAAGUUUUCUAAAUUGUGCUCUGAUGAGGCGUUGGUAGGGUGGGUUACUCUUCAGAGGACAGCUAAUUAGAGAUUUUUUUUUUUCUUCUGUGUCAUACUGCACAGAUGCUACUUUGGAAAUAGCUAAUGUCACCUGAGACUUGUGUACAUAAGACUUUUAACAUCAGGGUAUGUGACUUAAAGUGGGGGUUCAGGUAUGAAUGAAGUCAGGCAAGGAGGCACGGGGAGAAACACAGGCCAUGUUUUCCAGAACGUUCUACGUAUUAUUCACAUGCUAGUAUGACUUAGAAGCGCAACAGCUAAGGUGCACCAGCACACAUUUCUGAGACAUUUUACCUUGUGUUCCCCUGGCAUCACUGAAAUGAUUUAAUGUUGAAAACGUGCCUCGCAGUAUCCACAGCUGUGAAGCAGCAGCUGUCAGUGUCAGGACUUCGGCCCAGGGUCUCUGGCCAUGUCUGACUCUGAAACCUUGGUGCUCUCUCCUUGCUCCAUACUCAGUCCCAUGUAACCCAAUGGCUCCUGCAUUAACCCAAGAAUACCUCGCUUGUGUCUGCAUUCAGCUGGCAACUUGCCUGCUCCGCCGAUGACUCUGGCCCCUGUGUUCCCUGGGGAGGGACGGCUGUGCCUGUUCCGAGCCCCUAGGGGUUCUUCCUUGCUUUUCCUCGCUCCCUUACAAGCUUCGCCUGCUCUUCUUCCUUGCCCACUACCUCCCGGGUCUCCCCGAGCCUGAGUGGAUAGAAGACUAGCGCCCCCACGUGAGAAGCGCUCUUCAGCGUGGAGGUGAAUGGGGACGGCUUUCUCACAGCCGCCCGGACGUCUUGAGUUGGAUGUGGAAGUGAGUUCCAGCUGCGCUCACGCGUGGUUCUUGUUUCGGUCCGCAUCUUUCCUUCCCUUGCAUAUACUUUCACGUUUAUUCUGGCCCUCGGAAACACUGCACCUUUGCUUAUAUUUAUAAUGGGAAAAUCCAGUACCAAUACUGUUCUUCGCCACCACCUUACCUUGAUCUGGCCCCUCCUGACUUACUCGCCUCACUCUACACCAGUCUGAUCUCCAGGCGCGGCUCCUGCCUUUCAGGUUCUCCACGAGAUUGGGCAGGGGACUGUGCAAGCUGACCCGCUGUGCUGGGCCACUUUCUUGGCGCUCUGCUGGGGCUUCAGGUCCCCUUCUCUGUCAUCUGGCCGCCUCCACCCCUACCCGGGAGCUUUAUUUUCCACCCCGCGCCUUGAGUCGUUUCUUAGGCUUUGUCAUCUCCCAGGAUGACAAUCAUCCCUCAGACGUGUUCGCACGUUUGCCGAAUGAAUGCGGUCUGAGGAAAAGCUUGGGCGAGCUAUCACUCCCCAAAAGAGCAGUGUAGAAUGCCUCCUGGGAAAACUGACAGUUUACCCAAUACACAAUAAAGACAGCCGCCCACUUCCCUUUUCCUUGCGCCCUUCAUGUACAACUUUAAUUCAUCCAAAGAAUUGUGUUUCCGAUGUACCAGGCAUCAGGGAAGAGUCUGCCCUGAGCCUUUCAAUUCGGAUAAAUUGAGAGGCCAUGCAAAAGGCACCUUCAGACGUUUAAGUUAAGGCCAGGGACGCGUUUAAGUCCCACCUUAAACUUCCCUUUUUUGAAAAUCGGGCUGCAAUUUGGCCGGUCGCUUCCCUGUUCCUUCAAACCCACCUUCCACUUUGAGCAGGACAGCUAGCAAGGUAAGGAAAGACGAAUGCAAUACAACCGCAAGAACCAAAACUGCCGCACAGUGCCAGAGCCCCCAGCGCGGCUCAUCAGGGCGCAGAGCUACCCGAGGUACCCCGGCGCAGCUCUUCCUCUCUCCCCCGCCCGCCGCUCACUUGGUGCUGCCCCCUCUGCCUUUUGCUGUCUCCUAGAAGGUUUACUUUGGGCCCCUUGCAAUAUGGCUCUCUUGGCUUUGAUGACUUUAUUUUGUUUUCCUUCCAUUUCUUUCCUGAGCCCUGCCAACUCAUGCUUCAUCCCCCUUUGCUGCCAUUCUAUACCUUUCCUGAGUUUUUGUGGCUCUGCUUUAGGUUUCUGUUUUAAAGAGGCACUUGUUUCCCUAAUGCUUUGAAUUAUGGUAAUACUUGGCCGACAGUCUCCCAUGGCUCCAUACAUUUUCCUGGUGAGUGUUCUUCAUCCAUUUAAUUUUAUUUUGUUCCUGCUUCUUUUCUGUAUUUUUAUAGUCAUAGGAUCCUGAUUCCUUUUCUGAUUCUUAUAGCCUUUCUAUAAAGUGGAUUUCCUGACCCUUGCCCCUCAAUCUGCUACUUGAAAGCCUUUUCUGGUGGCAGGGGAUGCUUGAGAGCAGGGAGACAUGGAUUUUCUUGGCUGGUGAAGGUUUUUAGACACGGAGCUAUGACUACUCAUGAGCCUUCUCCCAGUGACAGAAACAGGCUGCAGGGGAGCCACCCAUCCAGCUCUGCAUCUGAUCUCCUCUCUGACCCAUCCCCACCCUCCUUGUCUGGGCCAACCUUGAAUCCAGGAAGUUUUGUAUCCUGGUGGGUGAGUCCUGUUUCCUUUGUUCUCAGCACAAAGGCUGGCUGCCUGUGUUGAUGAGCUAAGCCCUGCAGGCUUUGCCCAAGGUCUGAGGUUGCAGAAUGUCUCUGGCGGUACACUCCGAUGGCCCCAGAGGUGACCCGGGGCCUUGUUAGGCCUGUUGCAGCCAUCAGCAGCAAGCACUAUUGAAAGAGAUUCAGGAGGAUUUCUGCAUCUCGAACCUAAAGUUUGUAUUUCUCCUGUCCUUUUUAGUAUUGAAGGUGGAUGAUUUCCUAGAGCAGGAGGUAGCAACAUAUUUACCCUAUCAUGCUAUGGCCAGAAUCCGGGCAGCUUUAUUUUUAAAAUACAAUCAAAUUGCCUUCAAUAAUCUUAGCUGCCACUGCAAGUUUAUAAGUUUAAGCUGAUGUGCAAGGUGAGAAGUGUGUGCAGAGACAGGAUACAGGAAGCAUAAAGACAGAUGGGAAAGUGGCUUCCUUGGCAGUAGCAAUCAGCUUUCCUUGGGGACAGCGAGGAGGCAGGCAGAAGGGCACGCAGAGAGCCGUGAGAGGCACAAAAAGGCCCCUUGGUUCAAGGAUGACACGUGUAAAAGGCAAUUUUGUAUCAGGAAUCUAAACCCCACCCCCGAGUAGGUGAGGAAGCAGACCACUCUCUUCCCGAGAGGGGACCACAAAGCCACACAUUCUCCCUCUGGAAGGACCCGUUCCUGGGCAGGACAGGGGGGUCACAGCGGUUCCCGCCCAGGCUGCAGGUCUGCCUCCCGGUCACCCACAGCCUGUGCUCGCGGGGCCCCAAGUCUCACCCCUCCACGUGUGACAGCUUCCUGAGUGCUAAGCACGGGGCCCAUCAGCUGAUGCCUCUGUCCGCAGCUCCUCUGGCAUGGGCUGAAGAGGACGGCAGGGUGGAAGGACGCCGUCGUGUCUGGUUAGGAGGGGUCCUGGAUGCAGCAGGGCUUAGGGAUCUGGGACCUGGGGUC